CUUUGGCAGACCAGUAACAGGUAGACAACAAAGUGUAACAGUUGUGAAGAAAUUAAAUUAAAUAAUAAUAAAAGUGUAUAAAAUGGCAGCAAAAUCUCUACUCUCUCUUUUGGUGGCAACAAUUGCCAUCAGCAGCGUCUUGGCACAAACACCCAUGGACUGGCAGCCAUUGCUCGAGCAGCAAAACUUGGUGCUACGCCAAGUGGUGCAGACAUUGCAUUUGACGCGUGGCGGACCGGUCGGACCCGAGGAGACCGAUGCCUGUUUCGAUUGGUAUUUGAAUAAUCAGACUCUGAUCAAUGAGGCCUACUAUAAGGAGUACAAUGGUUGCAGAGAUAGAGCAACGGCGGCAAAGAAAUUGCUGUCAGCACAAAGUGCUUUGGAACGUCAAGAUCUUUUGAAUGAUGGACAUGCGCUUUGCUCAGAUCUAAGCGCUUGUGAAUAUGUCGACGACGGUUUGCGAUUCUUCCAGUGCUACAGUAAAGCGUCUAGCGGCAAUAGCGCCAAUUUGUUGAAUAUCACAGUUACCUCGGAACGCAUAGCUGACAAAUUGACAAUUUCAUAUCAAGCCAUCAACGACACCGAACGUGUAUGCACCACUGAGGCGCGUGUUAAGAAUGUCAAUGAGUUGGCUGUCAGCAGAACGUAUCUCAAUGAAUGUUUGAAUGGUGACUGGAGCCCACCAAAUGCUGUACCAAUAGCACCCGAAGAAGUGACUAUCGUUCCUACAGCAAGUGCGGAGGAGUCCACUCAGUCUGCCGAAAGUCAGCGGUUACUCGCCCACAACGCAAUGGCACGCCUGAGCAAGUGGAACUCCUUGAAACGUGUGUAGGCAUGUGAGUUGAGUUGUGGAAAGAAGUUGAGUUAUUAAAAUUGUAAUUAAUUAUUAAAAGAAGUAUUAAAGCAAUCGCACAGAA